GUCCCUCCCCUUCCCCCGGAUGCGGGCCCGGGCGGGCCGGGAUGGCGCUGCCCACCCCGCGGUACGGGCACCUGGGGCCGCGGGGGCCCUUUCGGGACGUGUACGAGCCGGCCGAGGACACCUUCCUGCUGCUCGAUGCGCUGGAGCGGGACGCGGGCAGCCUGCGGGAGGCUCGAGUCGAGAUCUGCCUUGAAAUAGGAUCUGGAUCUGGUGUGGUUUCAACAUUUCUGGCUUCUUCCAUCCUUGGACCCAGUGCACUGUACAUAUGCACAGAUAUCAACCCCAUGGCAGCUUACUGUACCCAGGAGACAGCUCUGCUUAACAAUGUUCACCUGCAGCCUGUCAUUACUGACUUGGUCAAAGGAUUAUCUCCAAGGUUAAAUGGGAAGGUUGAUCUACUGCUGUUUAACCCACCAUAUGUGGUAACACCUUCUGAAGAGGUGAAAAGCCGUGGAAUAGAGGCAUCCUGGGCUGGUGGCAAACAGGGCAGAGAAGUAAUGGAUAGAGUUUUCCCAUUAGUACCAGACCUGCUUUCACCAGGAGGAUUAUUCUACUUGGUAACAAUUAAAGAAAAUAAUCCAGAUGAAAUUCUGGAAACAAUGAAGAAAGGUGGCUUGAAAGGCACACGAGUACUUUCCAGGCAAGCAGGACAAGAGAUGCUGACUAUCCUUAGAUUUAGGAAGUCUUGAUAACUUCUCUUCACCUUCCAGGUAGUAGGCAUGAAGAAAAUUGAACACAGAGUUGUCAGCUGGGAAACACUGAAGUGAAUGCAAUCUGCCCUCUGUUAAUGGCAGAAACCUAUUCAUAUAAGCAAAACAUCAAGAAAAAAAUGAACCCCAAAACUGAACUAGGGAACAAAAUAUCAAUGGGUGUCAUAAUGAUCUAAUAUCCUCUGACAUAACCAAUCCCACACACCAAACAGAGUCUCACUUUUACAUGCCAUGCACAUGUAUCACUUUUAAUUUGUAGUCUUCAGUUGUCAUUGGUCAGAAUCAUGGUCAUUUUACACCAUCAACAUUCACAACAAACUGCAAGUUUGCAAGCAGCAAUAUUAAGAUAUCCUUCUGUUGGCCUAAAAAGUUCUUUCCUCUCCCAGGAUCAGCAUUCUCAGCACAGAUCACUUUGGCCAUGGUUAAGAACCAGAGUCUUCCACCUCCCUCUGACCUUCAAAGAAGAAGAAAGAGCCUGGUUAAAAUACACAGAUGGUCAGAGUUCACCACAAAAGCAUUUGGUGGAAGUUUGGAUCAAUGCACAGAUGGAAAUACAGUGGCACUUGUUACAAUGCAAAAUGUGAAGACAGAGUUAAGAGCUGUUUCAUUUGUUCUCACAUACCUGUUUGAUACUUUGCUGCUGUACUAUUCAGGGUACUGAACUUCUCGUCUCUCCCAACAUACAAAGAUAUUCCAGCAGCAGGUAAGGAGGAUUCUCCAGUUCUUCCUUGUAAUGAGCACAACAGUUCUGCAACUCAUUAAACACCUUCCCCGAACUUCAGAGAAGGCUCCUCAAGGAAUGAUGGAAAAUUUUAUUUUAGUAAUUGUACAUCUGUAUAUCACCACUGGGAUUUUUUUGAGGAAUGUAAUUUUGCAAAUAGAAUUGAAUUUUAUUCCUUUUCACUUCUUUUCCCCCCAUUUUAAAGAAGCAGUAAUGUAGUUUUUCUGGUGUACACCUGUGGGUUUUCUGGGGCUCUCGUUGUUUUGUCUCUGGAUAGCUCUGCAACAUACAAAGCUUAAAUAAGUUGGCUUCAACUCCCAGCUUACUUUUGACCAAAAUAAAACCCAAACAAGAUUGGAAAAACUUAGGGAUAAAAUGGAUGUACACUGAAAAAAAUUAUUUCCAUCAUGGUUCUGUAGAGACUGACUUGCAAGAGUUUUCUCUCCGAUGCUCCUAUAAACAUCAUUUUGGUAUUUGUAGUAAUUUGUAUCAUUUUAGCAGUGCUUUAUCAGUGUUGACCAAUUCAUCAGUGGAUGUAUCUGAGAUGUUCGAACAGCAGUUGAGUGCAUCCAUUGCAGCAGCUCUAAGCUUUUUUGUAGGAUUUUCUUCCUUUCCAUGGUAACACUUACGUCUCCUGGACGACAGCAGCCAAGAAGAACUUGAAACAAAAUAAUCUCAUUAAACAAAAGAAAAUAAAAAUUAUAUUAGGAGUAUACUGGGCAAAUACAGUCCUCACAUCAGUCCAAAUUAGCAGACCCUCUUAUUCAAAAACUGCUGCAGACCCUUUAUAGGAAGAGCCUUUGGCCAUGAUGCAAAAUGUAUUUGGUCCUCAGGUGCUGGAGUUCUUAUCUGCACAGUUACUGAGUAUUUCUCUAUUAUUAUCAUUAUCAUCCUCUUCAAUUAAAUUAGGAAGCUCUGCUAUGGUAAUAAAGUAAGACAUAUUAUCUCCAGGGUGCACUGAGCACUGCUUUGGUUUCUGUUCUCCACAUGUAAUGUUUAAUAGCUAUAGACAGGUUUAAUUAUGAGGCCACAUCUUAUUGUAAACUUGAUAAUUGCUCUGAGCCAGCAUUACCAGAAGAAUGUUCAGGAAUAUCCUUUUUAUCAGCAUGACUGGAGAGACCUUUAUUCUCUAGGGAUUGGAAAGAGAAGAUGGUCCUGGGGGUUUAAAAAACAUCUUUUUUCCUUCUCUGACUCCUGGGUCCCCUCAGUACAAUGAACAAAGCUGCAGAUUUUUUUGAUUUUUGAAAGAUGCUCCUGCAAGUGAGGCUUUGAUUUUACAAGAAGCAAUAUAGCAGAGAGGAGAGAUGCACAGCAGGAUUUUAAACUUGUUCACUGCUUCUGUAUGAUUAAUUCAACAUUAAUGAGCUAAGAAGCUGAAAAAAUUCACUAUUCACAAGAUGGUAGAUGUCAAACACAUCUGAAUUGUCUCAAUUUGCACUAAUGCCUUAAUUUAUAGUAAUCUGUACUAUAAGGGAUGAUUGUUUCUGCUGCUUGUUCUCAGCAUCUUCAUAAGGACAAGUAAUUUGGA